AUGCCGCCGCCGCAACCGCCGCCGCCGCCGCCCGCGGUGGAGCGCACGACGAAGACGGCGACGAUCCGCAAUCACGUCAACGUCAAGAAGACGUCCGUGUCGUGCUCGGCGGCGAAUCCGUUCUCGCCGAAUAAGCUCAAGAUCUCGUUCAAGUUCGACGCGAACUUGCCGUGCCACUCGAGCGUGUUCGUCCUCGCGAUCGAGGACAGGAGCGCGCCGGGGAACGCGCUGUCGCAAAAGGUGAACGCCCCGGGGAGCGCGCCGAGACGCGUCGCGCACGAGAAGGGGCUCGGCCAAACCUACGAGACGGCGUUCACCGUGGACGUGUCUCCGUACUCGCUCGCGGAGCUCACGUCGGAUAACCCGGACGGGCCGUACGCGAUCGUCAUACGGCUCGAGUGCGUCACCGGCGGCGCGAGCGCGGUGGAGGACGUCGGGACGGCGCCGGUCGGCGCGCCCGGCUGCGCGCAGCCGUCGUGGGUGCAGCAUCAGACGACGUUUUGCAAGCUCCGGAAGAGAGACGACGGGAGCUGGGGCGUCAUCGCGACGAAGCAGAAGAUCAGCGUGGACGGGAAGAGCUACGAGCUGCAGGAGAUCUUCGGUAUCGAGAACUGCGCGACCGGGAACCCGAUGGGCGGCGGCGGCGGCGGCGGCGGCGACGAAGGGAAGGAGUGCGUGGUGUGUCUGUCGGAACCGAGAGACACGACGGUGUUGCCGUGUCGGCACAUGUGCAUGUGCGGCGGGUGCGCGAGGGAGCUGCGGCAUCAGUCGAACAAGUGUCCGGUGUGUCGCUCGCCCGUGGAGUCGCUGCUGGAGAUUAAGAUCGCGGACAGAGACGGCGGAGCGGCGGCGUCGUGAGUGGAGUGUCGCGAGCGAUCCAUUUGAUCGAUCGGUGUACGAGUAAAAAGAAGCGCACGCCGUGCUGCUCAUGAGUUGAUGAUCUGACCACGCAGUGCUCUG